AUGAAACCGCUAGCACUGGCAUCUACCCUGACAACAUCAAAGAAGAGAAUCGCCGACAGAUUAGACGACCACAUACCAGUUUCCCAAGCACCCUAUCAACACGGCAGAGGCACCACUGAGCAGGUCUUUGCCUUAAUGAUCUCAGCAGAGAAAGCCAUCACAGCCGAUAGCUAUGAACUUCACCCACUGCUGCUCGACAUGUCAAAGGCUUUUGACUCGCCCAAGAAGGUCACCAAUAAAGAACUAUACAGGAGAACCAACGAGAUCCCUUGGAGUACUGCCAUUACCCGAAGACGUCUUAGUUGGACAGGCCAUCUGCUGAGAAAAUCAGAAGAAACUCCUGCCGAGCAAGCACUUCUAGAGGCUAUCCGCAAGAACAAGCUGCCAAGAGGUGGACAACGAACCACGUUGCUGAAGAGAGUAAACAAGGACCUGACAACCACGGGGGUCAACAUCAAAGAUCGACACACCUGGCACGUGGCAUCCGACAGGGAGCAAAAUGACGUUGUAUCACAAGGAGCAGACAGUGAGCUCCCACCACUGCCUGUCACUGAUCAGUCUUCUCCUGGACUAGAUCCCGAUCAUCCCGACGAUAUUCCUCUGGAACCAAUUGCCUCAGCGGUGGUAUGCGAAAGUAUUUCCAAUGAAGACAGCGUUGAGGCAUCAAACGACGUGGCGUACGGCAACGUAGGACCGAAACUCUCUUUCUCGAGAGAUCUCGUGGUGAUCAAGAAUGAGCUGGGACGAGGGGAGUUCGGCAGAGUGCUAUUGGGAAAGGCACUUGGAAUCGUGGAAGCCGGAAAAGAAACAAAGGUUGCCGUCAAAACUGUGAAAGAGGGCGCCGACAGACACGCCAAGAACGAGCUUCUGGCCGAGUUGCAGGUGAUGAAAACAGUCGGCUCUCAUCCAAACGUGGUCAAGCUGCUGGGAUUUUGUGCAGAAAAAGAUCCCAUUUACGUGAUCGUCGAGUACCUUGCUAAGGGUGACCUGAAGAGUGUUCUGAUGGAGUAUCGAGACAAGGAUCCAGGGACAGGUUACGCCAACGUACCCGGCUUGAGCAAAUCACUGUCUAGGACAUUAAUCAAGUUUGCCAGGGAUGUCGCAAAUGGAAUGGCUUACAUAUCCUCACAAAAGUUUGUGCAUCGUGACCUUGCCGCUCGUAACGUGUUGGUGGGAGAAGAUAUGGUUUGUAAAGUGUCUGACUUUGGACUGGCCCGUGACGUUAUGAACACCCGCAUCUACCAUCGAAAAUCCCAGUGUCCUCUUCCCAUUCGCUGGAUGGCAUUGGAAUGCAUUGUUCACGAUGUGUACACAACAAAGAGUGACGUAUGGUCAUUUGGAAUACUGCUAUGGGAGAUUGUGACACUUGGUGCACGGCCGUAUCCGCUGAUGACACCAACGACAAUGAUAAACGUAUUACAGCGGGGCUAUCGUAUGCCGAGGCCUCGACAAUGCAAGAAAAAGCUGUAUAAAAUGAUGCGCAGCUGUUGGCAGGAGAUUCCCAAGGAUCGACCCAGCUUUCAGAGUCUGUAUUGGCAAUUUGCCGAUAUGGCGUCUAAAGAUGAGGAUUACCUCACCAUGAAGAACCUGGAUGAAAGGAUUUACAAAGUGAAAGGCGCCGACGGCAUGAACGAGAAACUGUGA